AGCUAAUGAAGAGACUGAAAACAGAGGUUUCUUCUUUCUUGUCUGAAAUCUCAUUUUGCUUAAACCCUAAAACCUCAUUUGGAUUAGGUUUUCUCCAAUCUUAUCCGCCGUGAUAAAAUCUGAUUGCUUUUUUCUUUUUCUUUAUGAAACUUUGAUUUGUGGAAUCCGAUGAUUCUCUCACGCUCUGUCUCUGUGCUUCAUUUGUGUGGAGUCUCAUCUUCAGCGCCGUCGAAGCUCUUAUCUCAGAGGUUCAAGGUCUCGUUCGCUCUCGCUUAUUGUUCAUCUGUUUCUUUCCGUUUAAACUCUCUCAAUCGAUCUGACGCGAAAUGGGUUCGUGGGUUUGCGUCUACUACUGAAGCAGAAGUAGAGAAAAAGGGUAAUGAUACGUUUUUUGCUGACAAUACCGUUUCUUGGAAGUCUCUUGGGUUAUCAGAUAACGUCUCUAUAGCUCUUCGAGAUUCUGGGUUCGAUAGACCAUCUCUUACUCAGGCUGUUUGUAUACCGUCUAUAUUGUCUGGGAAAGAUGUGAUUGUUGCAGCAGAAACCGGUAGUGGUAAAACACAUGGAUAUCUUGCUCCAAUAAUUGAUCGAUUAACGAACACCGCUCUUGAUUCCGAGUAUACGAAUGGAGAGGAAAGGCCGUUUCCGCUUAAGAAUCUGUCUCUUAUCCUGUGUCCAAAUGUGAUGUUGUGUGAACAAGUGGUUAGGAUGGUUAAUGGUCUUCUUGGUGAAGAUGGUAAUCCACUUCUUAGAGUAGAAGCUGUUUGCGGAGCCCAGGGUUGGCCAGAUAGACUGCCUGAUAUAAUUGUCUCGACACCUGCCGCUCUUCUGAAUAAUAUUGAGCCAAAAAGAAAUAGACGUCUGGAAUUUCUGCGAUCAGUCAAAUAUGUGGUCUUUGAUGAAGCUGAUAUGCUUCUGUGCGGAAGCUUCCAGAAUCAGAUUAUUCGUCUGAUAAAUAUGCUGCGUUUCGAUGAGAAACAAGUGUCUCGUUUGGCUACAUCCACAAUUGGCAAAACAAUGGAGAUUGAUGCCUCUGUACCCCAAAUUGAUCUAGAAAAUGAGGAUGAUGCUGAAUUCGAUGAUGGAUCUAUUUCCGAGGAAGAGGAAGAGGAAGAGGAACAUAUUGAUGAUACAGCACAUAUGCCUAGUGUUGAAGCUGAAGCUGGGUCAGACACCAAAAAGGGCUGGAGGAGAGUGAGAAAGAUCUAUAGCCGCAGUAAGCAGUAUAUCUUCAUUGCAGCCACACUUCCAGUUAACGGGAAGAAGACUGCCGGAGGAAUUUUGAAACAUAUGUUUCAAGAUGCUAUUUGGGUUAGUGGAAACUUUCUUCACCGAAACAGUCCGAGACUAAAGCAAAAAUGGGUUGAAGUCACAGUAGACUCACAGGUUGAUGCUCUUAUAGAGGCUGUAAAAAACAAUAACAACACCAACACAGAGAGGACAAUGGUGUUUGCAAACACGGUCGAAGCUGUUGAAGCAGUGGCUGAUAUAUUGGAGAAAGCUAGUAUUCAGUGUUAUCGUUAUCACAAGAACCACAAGCUAGACGAACGUGCUAAUAUAUUAGCUGAUUUCAGAGAAACCGGCGGUGUCUUUGUUUGCACCGAUGCCGCUGCCCGGGGAGUUGAUGUUCCUAAUGUCUCACACGUUAUUCAGGCGGAUUUUGCUAGUUCUGCAGUGGAUUUCCUUCACAGGAUAGGCCGAACAGCUAGAGCUGGGCAAUAUGGAACAGUGACCAGUCUAUACACCGAGGCUAACCGUGAUUUAGUAGAAGCAAUCCGUGAAGCAGUGAAGAUGGGCCAGCCAGUGGAAACUGCAUUCAGCAGGAAGAGAGGUUUUAGGAACAAGGUUAAGAAGAGAGCUUUUUUGAAAGCUGGAGAAGCAGAGGAGCCACAAGCUGUGAGAUUUUAAGUUCUGUUGUUUUCUUUUUACAAUUCCAUAGGCGUUGUUUGUAUAUAGAAGUACGCAAAAUCGAAUAAUCACUAUUUGUUAUUUUCUUGUACCAAUUUUUUUUUAUAUGAAUUAAUACAAUCUCUUUUAUGCGAAGCU